AUGGGCGCACAUGUGUCUUCCAUCUGGAAAGGCGAGCCCCGCAAGUUUGUGCUGGUGAUCGUCGGCCUGGCCGGCGGCGGCAAGACCACCGUUUUCAACCAGCUUCGUGGAGACGAUGCAAGCGGCCCGCCCGAGGCAACUGUCGGGUUCAAUCACGACAUCAUCAGCUUCGGCGACAACCUCGACAUCCAGCUCUGGGACAUCAGCGGCGCAAGCGUCAGCAUUCCCUUCUGGCGAUGCUUCUAUGCUGAUGCACAUGCCCUGCUCUUUGUCGUGGACUCGACCGAUCCCGACCGGGCUGCAACCGCUGGUGGGGCGCUGAUCCAGAUCCUGCAGGACCCGUUCCUCCCGGGCGGGUGUCCGCUGCUGAUCUUGUCCAACAAGCACGACCUGGACACGGCAAUGGACAAUAGCGGGCUCACCGAAGCUAUGGGAAUCGAGCCGAUUCUGAAAGAAACCACCCGCGAGUGGGCCAUCAUCCAGUGCAUCGCCCAGGAGGGAAUCGGCCUUGAAGAAACAACGACAUGGCUGCUCGAUCGGCUUCUCGGCGGCACAUACGGCUCGUUCUGA